AUGAAAUUUCACGUGGCUUCUGCUUGUGUAGCACUCGUGCAGCUCUCCCUCCACUCCAUUACAAUGGCUGCCCUUGCUGCUGCUUCCCUGGCUCCGGUUGCCUCCUUGAAGGCCACCACCACGCUGAAGACCAGCGUGGCCAAGACCUUCAAGGUCGCCCCCUCCGCUGCUCGCGUGUCCAUGGCCUCCUACAAGGUGACCCUCGAUACCCCCUCCGGCAUCUCCACCAUUGAAGUUGCCGACGAUGUCUACAUCCUUGAUGCAGCUGAGGAGGCUGGACUCGACCUUCCCUACUCCUGCAGGGCCGGUGCUUGCUCAUCCUGCGCGGGCCAGGUUACCGCCGGCUCCGUGGAUCAGUCCGGCCAGUCUUACCUUGAUGAUGACCAGAUGGCCAAGGGCUUCGUUCUGACCUGCAUUGCCUACCCCACCUCCGAUGUCACCAUCAAGACCCACCAGGAGGACAGCCUGUACUAA